CAUUUUUUCCCCCAAAACGGAGCUCGAGUUCCGUAUCCGCUUGAAGCAUUUAGCACCUGAUUGGCAGCAAAGUUCCCCAACUGUUUCGUCGCCACGGAAGCGUUCUAUCUCCUCCAAAAAUCCCAUCCCUCGAGUCUCCUUCCUCUUGCGCUCUCACGAUCACAUUGUUCUCUUUCCUCUCCGCUUCUCUGAAACCCUAAUCAUCUUCUACCUGUCCAUAAUCUGCAUUCCCGAUCUUGUCCCUCAAUGGCAGCUCGUUUAGAGUCAUGAGGUGGGAAGUUACUCGCUCCAGUUUUCAUGGCGAUGCUGCUGAAGAAAGUCUUAGAAUCGAUGCUGAGCCGCUCGGGCUCGACUUCCAGUCCUGGUCGAGGGUCUUUGGAUUUUCCAGCUAGGCCUUUUUCAAUGGGGGUGUUUGACCAGCUGCCCACUGAUGUAUUCAUGCAGAUUCUGAGGAUGCUUGGACCCAGAGACGCCGCUAAGGCGAGAGCCGUCUGCUGGGCAUGGAAAACGCUGGCAUCUGACAACAUGCUGUGGAUCUUCUUUCUCCAGAAUGGAAAGGAGCCUUGGGAUUCUGUAGUGUUCGCCGAGUCCCACCUACGGGUUGGGUUUCGAUCUAUGAUGUAUUUAGAUCCUUUGUCAGAGCUAUCUUUCAUGAAUAUAUAUGCACAACGCGAGAAUGUUCCAGGCACUGUUAUAAUUGAUGGUGGAUCUGGUUACUGCAAGUAUGGUUGGAGCAAGUAUUCCUCUCCCUCUGGACGUUGUGCAACAUUUUUGGAAUUUGGUAAUAUAGAAUCUCCAAUGUAUUCAAGACUUCGUCAUUUCUUUUCAACAAUCUAUUCAAGGAUGCAGGUGAAGCCAUCAUCUCAGCCAAUUAUUGUAUCUAUACCAAUCUGUCACUCUGAUGAUACUGAAUCCGCUAGAGCAUCUAGAAGACAACUUAGAGAAGCAAUAUAUACAGUUCUCGCUGAUCUGAAUGCACCUGCUGUUUGUGCAAUUGAUCAGGCUGUAUUGGCCUUGUAUGCUUCAAAACGUACUUCUGGAAUUGUUGUAAAUAUUGGUUUUCAUGUCACUUCAGUUGUGCCCAUUCUUCGUGGUAAAGUGAUGCGAGAUGUGGGUGUUGAAAUUGUGGGACAAGGCGCCCUAAAAGUCACAGGAUUUCUCAGAGAGCUAAUGCAGGAGAGGAACAUGGCCUUUGAGUCUUUAUACACUGUUCGAACUCUAAAGGAGAAACUGUGCUAUGUUGCUGCUGAUUAUGAUGCAGAGCUACGAAAAGAUAAUGCAGCAUCAUUUGAGGUGGCAGGUGAAGGUUGGUUCACUUUAUCGAAGGAGCGCUUCCAAGCUACUGAGAUUCUAUUCCAGCCAAAUAUUGGAGGCGUGCGCGCAAUGGGGUUGCAUCGAGCCGUAGCGCUUUGUAUUGAUCAUUGUGCUGCUUCAGAAAAAGUGAUUGAUGAUAGCUGGUACAAGACUGUGGUUUUAACUGGUGGAACUGCAUGCUUACCGGGUUUGCCAGAGAGAUUAGAAAAUGAACUCCACAAAAUUAUUGAACCUUCAAUUUCUGAUGGAAUAAAAGUCCUCCCACCUCCAUAUGGAGCGGAUUCCGCUUGGUUCGGAGCAAAACUUAUUAGCAAUGUAAGCACAUUUCAGCAGGCAUGGUGUGUCAACAAGAAACAGUUCCGCCAGAAGAGCCGACGCAGUGCAUCAUCAUCAGUCAUUGCCUGGUAAUUACACAUAUAUGAUGCUUCAAUUGCUUUGAAGAAUGAAUUAUAGAUGGAACUUUAUUUAUACCGCAAGUAUUACAGCAUACUGUGCAGUGUUUUCAUGUAAAAAUUUUUUACAGAAAUUAAAUUUCUUUUAUUGGUUUGGUUACCUACUCUGAAGAAGAAAAAGAAAGUGGGGUCAGGAAUAAACUAUGUAAAUAAACGUAUCUGUUACAUGUUACUGUAAAACAAAGCAAUAAAUGUUGCAGUU